ACGGCGGGGCUCGGCGUCGACGCGGCUAUAAGAGACGCACUUGCCGGCGGCGCUGUCCAGACUGGCGGUGGCGGAGACGGCGGGAGGACGCGGAUCAUCGCCUCUGCAGACAUGAUGGCCCUUCUACAGGUGUUGUGCGGCUUGGCGCUGGUCGCCACCGUGCACGGCGUGCCCGUGGACCUGGGCUCCUCCUACAUCUCCAUCGGCCACGCGCCCGCCCUGCCUGCCCUGGCCCUGGCGCCGCACAUCGCCGUCGCGCACGCGCCCAUCAUCAAGGCCGAGCCCAUCGCACACCCGCGCUACGCCUACAAGUACGGCGUCCACGACUCGCACACCGGCGACGUGAAGAGCGCCGCGGAGGAGCGCGACGGUGACGUGGUGAAGGGCGAGUACUCGCUGCUGCAGCCCGACGGCACCACCAGGACCGUGCACUACACCGCCGACGACCACAACGGCUUCAACGCCGUCGUCACCAACUCCGGCCACGCCGUGCACCCACAGUCGUCCCUGCAGAUCGUCCACAAGGCCGUGAUCGCCGCCCCCGUGGUGCACGCCGCGCCGACGCUCCUCUCCCUCGGGCACGGCCUGGGGCACUACUGAGUGCCCUCCUCCCGCCGAGCGCCCCAAACACCGCCAGCGGAAGUAGGGCGGACCUUCCCUACUCCAAGACCGCCAACGCCACUACCCCGAGCGCCACCACCUCGCCGCCCGUGCCAAAGCGUCUAUGUUUGCUAGAGUGAGUAUGUUGUCAUCUCUAGACUGAUGCUGUCUUGUCUGACUGACUUGUCGUAAAAUAAUAAAGGGAUGACUGAGGAAGA